CUGGUGGCUGCUGUGCGGGCUUGCAUUGAACGGGAUAGAGCUACAUAUUAUUUGCUGCUGCUGUUUAGUGUAUUUUGCGGGCGCAGUGUGCACUACCAGUGCAGAGGCAGCAAGGUGCAUUUAAAGGGCUUUCGACCUGCCGCGGAUCGAGUCCUGAAACGAGCUCACAAUGAGGCUGCUCUGCUGGGCCGUGGUUUUGACCGCCCUGCUCGUCGUUUCGGCCGACGCCAAGAGGAAAAGGAAAUUUGAGGGCGACUUUGAGUUUGCAGAGGAGGACGAGUCAAAGAGCACCAAGAAGGGCGACAAGAAGCGUUGGAUUCACGACCCAAAAAGUGACUUAUGCGGUCCUUUGAACUGCAAGAAGAAGGAGCUCUGUCUGCUCGAAGACGCAUUCACGGCAGCUUGCGUUAACAAGAAGGAACUCCAAAGAAAUGGGGAUAUCGUCAUCCCUAAGAGCGCAUACAAAGAUGAUUUCAAAGUGAACCCGACAUCCGAGUCGACCAACGAGGGAGACGACGAUGUUUUUUAUGACAGCGAGGACGAUGACUCGGAUGACGAGGACGACUUCGAACCUGAGACACGUUGCAAACCGUGUCCGAUCGUGAAGCCCUCGUUCCACUGUGGAGCCGACAAUCGCACCUACAGCUCUCUCUGCAGACUCGACUACCAUAACUGCAUCCACAAGACGAGCAUCCGAGUUGCUUGCAAGGGUUUCUGUCCGUGCAGCAAGACGCCGGAAGACCCGCACCGCAAACAGAAGGAGGACCGCCUGGCCGCCUACAACGCCAAGCUCAAGGCCACCUUGAAGAAGAGCAACAAGCCCAUGUCCUCUUCGUCGUACUCGGACAAAUACAACUACAUUCCGCAGGAUUUCAAGUAUGACAACAAACACUACAAGUACAUCAAGUACACCAAGUACAGCAACGGUGUCACCAACUCUCCGUACAAUGUGGACAAGCACCGCAGCCACAAUGAGGUCAUUGAGACGAAGAACAAGUUCGGAGCCAAGGGAACACCUAACUGGAACAAAGUUAUUCCUGAGUGCAGCCCCACUGCCUUGGAGGCUAUGGGAAACCGUCUCCUCGACUGGUUCAGCGUUCUGAUGGCCGACGCUAAGAAGGACCGCCACACUGGCAAGAGGCGUAAGCUGGUCAAGUCAACUGCUCGCUUCCCAGGCACCUGCAAACCCGAAGUCAGGUGGAUGUUUGCCCACCUGGACUCCAACUCUGACGAGCAGCUUUCCGUCACUGAACUAUUUGACCUUGAGCAUGACAAGAGCGAGCAUUGCAUCAAACCAUUUUUGGACCAGUGCAAUGUUGACAAGAAUGGAUUUGUCUCUCCGAAAGAAUGGUGCCGCUGUUUUGAGCGCUCCGAGAGACCCUGCAUCGCUUAUAAGCAGAGAAUUACUCAGGAUCUUUUGGGUUCAUAUGUUCCUGAGUGUGAUGCUCUUGGCUUCUACCGUCCAACCCAAUGCCACUCGUCCAUUGGCACCUGCUGGUGCGUCGACAAACACGGUGUUGAAUUUGCCAACACCAGAACUCGUGGCAAACCCGAUUGUGUUUCAAUCAUGGCCAAAAAUAAUAGCAAUGGAGGAUCUGAUGACUCCGAUCAGGAGGAUUACGGUGAUGACCUCGAAGAGGAGGGUAGCGCUGAGAAACCUCUUGACUUCUAAACCACCUCUCCUGCUCACGUAACGAUUGAUCUGAUAAAUUCACUAUGUAAAUGGGUGCUCCACUCCUUUUUUACUUGAAUGCGUCACUUUUGGGCCGUGAUUUUUGCAUUUUUGCGUUUUGAGUAAAAUUAACAGGGAAUCAUUUAUCGGAGUGGAGACCAAAAAUCUGCUGAUCAAAAUGAAGUCCACCCAUGAUGUUUCUUUCAAAUUUAUAUUUAAUACUUAGGCCUACUUUUGAUGUAAUCAAUCACUCUUAAAAAAUUCAGCUUCUACUCGGACAAGUUAAUCACUUCUCCACUGCACGACUGUCUAACUUGUCUUGUAAGGGAAAUAGGAGCAUUUUCCUGACCACCCUGGUGGUGUGAAGUGUAAAACCUAAUUUUAUGCUAUGCUGCCUUUUUUAAGUGCCGUAAAAAGCACUCUUUACUCUUGUUUAUUACCUUUUUUACUUAUAGACUUUGUUGGGGAAACUAUUAACAUUCCUUGUUUUUAAAAUUGACAUUCCUAAAUAUUUUUUAAUGACUGCAAAUUCUUUAUGCCAUAUUUUAAUGUGUAUGUUGUUAGUUAACUGAAACCUAUUAUUCCUCGUUGUAACAAAAUAGUAUAAUAGGGUGAUAUAGAGUUUAUUUGCAUAGUACAACAAACAGCUACUUUAGUUUGCAUACAAAAGCAUUUGUAGCGCACACUCGUUCAUGCUUUCUGAGUUGCGAAGUGCAACAUGGAGAUUAUAUUCUGUCCGAGGGUGUUCCUCGCGCACUUACUUUCAAAUUCAGGCUGCUACCUGAAACUCGCACUUGUUUCACUGCAAAUGCUUUUGCUGCAGCAUUAAAUUUUUGGGUUAUGUAACUCAAUUAUUUUAUGAUAUAUGGAACUUGAUACUUAAACUGAAUGCUGCUAUAAUUCAAUGGUUAGCAAUGAGGUGCAAUGUUAGAUCUGAUUUUUUUCAAACGCGUGCUCACAGGUUUUACAUUUUACAUGUUUCGGGCAUCCACCAAGCAAACACCGGUAUUGAAUAUUAAAUUAGCAAAACAAAAAUAUAAGCUGCUGAAUGAGAUAUUGCAAAGGAGGUGAAAGAGCCUUACAUUCAAUUAAUUAAGAUACUUAAAGGUCAUAGAACUAAGUACGAAUGAAAAGGAAAUAAUCAUUUUAUACUCAAAAAAAUUGAACACACACACUUGAACAAAAAUUUAGUAAUAUGGUACAAGUGUAAGCAUUUUGGGUUGGAUUUUAGAAUUAUAAACGAUAAUAUGGUUACUUGCAAGAUGUUAAUAAUUAAUGCAAAAUGCUUUUAUAGCUUUUGAUGUGGAUGCGCAAGAAAAUUUUUAUUGUUAGAAUGCAGAAAAAGAUAUCCGGCCUUUGGCGUUGUUGUAAAAUAAUAUGUGUAGCUCACACUCACAACCUUUACAAGUAUUUCUGUUUCGUACAUUUUUAUGAUUUUAAAUAUCUAAUCUUCUUAAAGCCUCGCCAAAUAUAAAAAAAAAAUGCAAUAUAGAGACAGCACGCAAUUGUGUGUGACACUGAAAUUAUAUGUCGUAGAUUGAAUAAUACAAAUAAUAUACACUAUUAUUGAAGCUUUUUUUAUUAAAAAAAGUCACUGACUGUAGUAGAGGAGAGAAAAAAACAAAUUCAUGUCACUUUAAAGAGGGCCCAAUAUUCUCAAACUUUCAAUUUAAAAUGAAGCAGCUUUUAGUGCUUUUGGUAUUUCCCGUGCACUUUUCUCUUUACUACAUGGAGUAAAUUCAAAGAAAAUAACUUAUAACUGUUAUACGACUGCAACUUAUAUAAGAGGUUAAUCGGGUAUAUAUAUCCUUUCACUACACAACUGCAUUUUACAUGUUUGGAAGGUGUACUGAAGAACCUCAUGUGCAAAGUUAAAACAGCCAUCCUUAAUUUCUCUUGCAAUUAAAAAAAAGUAAAAACCAAUGAAAUGUCUAAAGAAAACACUAUGUACACGAAACACACACACAACAUAAGCAGCCACAAAACUAAGAGUGGUUAAUAUUAUUAUAAUAGGCAUUUGUGUAUUAAGCAAGAAAAAGCAAACAUACUUAACUAGCGCCUCACGCAGCAGUGAUUAAUGUUAUAUUUAACUUGUAAAUUAAUUACUUUGCAUCAGUAUUUUAGUUUAUAUUGAUAUUGAUUAACUCUGUACCACUAAAGAUACGGCUUAAAUGGAUUUAAUUGUAUUGUGUAACGUACAUACAAAUAAAACUCCAAAAUGUUAAAUGGUAAUUAA